AGUCUGUGAAAACAAAUCAAUACAAUCCUAUUGGAAAAUUUUUACACGCGAGCUAAUUUUCCAAAGAUCCCCUGGAAAACCUGUUCCAGAAAGCUCUUCUGGGAAAAUUUUUGGUUAUGAAAACAUGUCCCCAAAUCUUCUCUUUCGAAUGGUGAAAAUUGAAGCUCUUUAGGUUUUUCCUAUCGAAAGUUAUUCAAAAAACAGUCAUAUACCAUUCUUUCUUUGGCUGGACAAUAGAUAAAACACUGGGUCUACAUUUUAAAAAUAGUCCCAUUCAAAAAGGCUUUUAGCACUUCAGAAGGUUCCCUCGUUAGACUUAAAUAAAAUUUUCUUUAAUGCAGCUUCCAGACUAUUGUUAUUUUAUCGCUUGUUUGUUUAGAUGAUUGCUAUUGUCAUCCUUUGUCGUCUGUUAUUUUUUCUCAACAUCAUUCGAUACAAAUGGUUCACAAUUAUACAUCGGUAAAUAUAAGUAAUUUCACUCUGACAGUUGAUUAAAAAAGAAUGUAGACUAUUCUGAUUUAGAUGUUUGUGUCAUAAGGAGUACGUAAUUUCAGUUGCAUUUCAAAAUGUCUAUUGAGAAGGAAAGUAAAAAUAUUUCCCAUCAUCUCUUGGGUAGAAGAGACGUUGUUGUUACAUGAAGAAAUAUUAUGUUUCUUGUGAAGAAUACACGUGAUUCAUUAAAGUAAAUAAACAAUUGUGCUCUUCUUGUGAAGGUGAUAGAAGUUGAAAUGUCGUUUUUUCUACAAAUUUAUACUUUAAUUUUUUUCCUCUCUUAUUAUAGUAUCGAACACUUCAGUCGUUGGCAGUAAAUCUUAAGAGUAUCGAGGAUAAUGAUCAAUCUUCAAACAACAUUAUAUCAAAAAAUGAAUUUAAUUUUAAUGCAGCAGAAAAAGAAAAAGGAAAUUUUUCUAAUUUCAAUAUUAGUGAAAAGACAAUACAAAAAUUAAAAGCUCGUGGUAUUAAUUUUUUAUUUCCCGUUCAGUAUGAAAGUUAUAAUGCCAUUUAUCAUCAUAAAGAUUGUAUUGUUCAAGCACGCACGGGUACGGGUAAAACAUUGGCAUUUACACUGCCGUUAGUUGAACAUUUACAAAAUGCUGGUUUGACACAUGAACGUGGUCGUAGACCUCAAGUACUGAUUAUGGAACCAACAAGAGAGUUAACAAAACAAAUUAGUGAUGAUUUACAAUCAAUUAGUUCUGAUUUAAAUAUUGUCACAAUUUAUGGUGGAAAAAAAUAUGAAGAUCAAGAGUUUGGAUUACAACGAGGAUGUGAUAUUAUUGUGGCAACACCUGGAAGAUUACAAGACCUUAUUAAUAAUGGCAAAGUAUCACUGGCAAAUAUUAACCAUGUUGUUUUGGAUGAAGUCGAUCGAAUGUUAGAUAUGGGAUUUAAAGAUGAUGUCGAUGAAAUAUUAUCUCAUGCAUUUCAAGCCGGUAGAGCCAAACCACAAAUAGUGAUGUUUUCUGCCACGAUUACUCCCUGGGUGAAACAAGCAUCACGAAAAUAUAUGUCUACUGAUACUAAAUUUGAAAUGAUUGAUCUAAUUAAAGAUGCACGAGAAAAAACGGCGACAAGUGUUCAACAUCUUGCCAUACCUAUACCAUCUUAUUCACGUGCUAAUGUCAUCGAUUCAUUGAUGAAAAUGUAUAGUGGAAAUGACGGUCGUGCUAUCUGUUUUUGUGAAACAAAACGAGAAUGUGAUGAGUUAUCAGUUAGUCAUGAAAUUAGAACAGAAUCACACGUAUUACAUGGAGAUAUACCACAAGAUAAACGAGAAUUAGUACUGCAGCGUUUUCGUGAAGGCAAAUAUCGUUUACUGAUUACCACCGAUGUGGCCGCUAGAGGAUUGGACGUACCAGAAGUCGAUUUAGUUAUCGUUACAUCGCCACCGAAAGAUUUGGAAUCGUACAUUCAUCGUUCUGGACGCACGGGACGUGCUGGUAAAGCGGGAAUAGCUAUAUGUUUAUUUCGACCUAAUCAAUCGAUUGAAUUAGAAGCAGUGGAGAGACGAGCUGGCAUCAGAUUUAAACGUAUUCAAGCUCCCAAAGCACAAGACGUUUUUAUGGCCCACGCGUCGAAUGCUGCUGAAUCAAUUGAAGCAGUUAGUGAAGAUGUACGCUCUAAUUUUCGCACAGUUGCUGAAGAAUUAAUGAAAAAAAUGGCACCUAUCGAUAUAAUAUCUGCCGCCUUGGCUUGCAUAUCUGGUACAUCAACAGUGCCACAACAGCAAUCAUUAUCAUUAAUAACAAAACAAGAGGAUUAUACAACAUGGCAAAUGACAGUUUCGGAUGAAUUUCGUGGACCUGCACUUCUUUAUUUUACCUUGAAAAAAAUUUUGGGUCAAGAUUUCAGCGGAAGACGAAUAUGUCCAGAUGUUUUAUUUACAAGAGAUAAAAAAAGUGCCAUAUUUGAAUUGCCAAAUAAAUAUGAAGCAAAAUUGAUUCAUGGAUGGAGGGAUACAAAUCGAAUGUCAUUAAAAACAAUAACAAAAUUACCAGAAAUUGAUUGA